AGAAGGAGUAGUAGUAAGAAAGGGAGCCGCAAAUCAGAAAUGGCGGAAGAGACAACUGAAGAGAGAAACAACGCAAGGCUUGCCAUAAUAGAGCUGUCCAACAUGAUCAGCGUUCCCAUGGCCCUCAACGCCAUCGUGCGCCUCAACGUCCCCGACGGCAUCUGGCAAGGCGGGGCUAAUACUCCACUCACCGCCGCCGACAUCCUCGCACGAGUCCUUCCCUCCGGGGGCGAUUCUGAGAAUCUCCAGCGUAUCCUCCGUAUGCUCACCAGCUACCGUGUCUUCACCGAACAUAUCAUCGGCGGCGAUCGUAAAUACUCGUUGACAGAGAUCGGUAAGACAUUGGUCACCGACGGCGAGGGGCUAUCGUACGCACCCUACGUGUUACAGCACCAUCAGGACGCACUGAUGAAGGCUUGGCCGAUCUUGCACGAAGCCGUAAUAGAUCCAUCAUCGGAACCUUUCGUGAAGGCUAACGGAGAACCGGCUUAUUGUUACUACGGGAAGAAUCAGGAGAUGAACGAGUUGAUGCAGAAGGCGAUGUCGGGAGUAUCGGUGCCGUUCAUGAAGGCAAUAUUAGAGGGUUACGAUGGAUUCGGAGGCGUUGAAUGUCUGGUGGAUGUGGGCGGAAGUGCCGGAGAUUGCCUCCGGAUGAUAUUGCAGAAACACCCUAACGUCAGAGCUGCCAUUAAUUUUGAUCUUCCAGAGGUCGUCGCUAAGGCCCCCUCUAUUCCCGGCGUGAGACACGUUGGCGGGGAUAUGUUCAAGUCCAUUCCGUCCGGAGAUGCCAUUUUCAUGAAGUGGGUGUUGACGACUUGGACGGACGAGGAAUGCAGAAUGAUAAUGAAGAACUGUUAUGAAGCACUACCACGGGGAGGGAAGCUGAUAGCUUGUGAACCGGUGCUACCAAACGAAUCAGACGACAGCCAUAGGACUCGUGCACUGCUAGAAGGUGACAUCUUCGUCAUGACAGUCUACAGAGCUAAGGGCAAACAUCGAACUGAAGAAGAAUUCCGGCAGCUUGGCCUGUCUACUGGCUUUCUCCACUUUCGAGCCUUCUACAUCGAUCACUUCUACACUGUCUUGGAGUUCCUGAAAUGAGCUUUACAACUA